GUGGUGUGCUAAUUGUUUUUAUUUGCGAAAAGUUUAAUUCCGACGUUGUUCAGCUUGCUCUUGCUCGCCAAUCGCAGUUUGAAAGCACAGACUCAAUAAUCAUGGCUACUAGAAGGAAUGAGCGGGGCGGGACAGAGGUGAUGAUAACAAUAUUGGGGCAAGACAAUCAUAUUGACCUCGGAGAAAUCGCCAUGGUAUGUCGUCAUUUCAACUCCGAGGUCGUUUCAGUUUUACGAGCCCGGCAACCCCAUAUGCAGCUUACAGAAGCUGUGGUAACUGCAGUAUCACUGAACAAAGUGCAUGAGAGUCUAGUGAUGGAAGUUCUCCUGCGUCAAGGUGAAAGGUAGAGAUCAGUUAGGGUUCAGUUGCGGGCUAAUCAUUUCAACGAAGAAACAUCCCCCACAGCCACUUCUGCUGCGGUUGUCCCGAGGCUGACUUGCUUUAAUACUCCAAGAUGAGCCUGGAUUAUAUAGAUAGAUUGGGAGUAAGUGCGAAACACUCUGCAGACAUCACAUCCGCCAAAGUAGAGA